AUGGUGACACUUAGUAACGCCUCUGCUUGCUCUUGGAUCCGUCACUUUCUCGAUUGUAUGGGUGGUUGUUUUGGAUGCUGCGGGAAGCCCACACCGAUAAUCGCUGUGGACGAGCCAGCCAAAGGAUUGAGGAUACAAGGCCGGGCAGUGAAGAAGCCUAGUAUAUCUGAGGAUUUCUGGAGCAGCAGCACCUGUGAGCUCGAUAAUAGUGCUAUGCAAUCUCAAAAAAGUGUAUCUUCAAUUAGUGCUUCAAACCCCAACACUAGCAGUGGUGGCACCAUGAGUGGCAGUACAACAGACUUUGUGAAUCAUGGUCUGCUUCUGUGGCAGCAGGGCAGGCUUCAAUGGACUGGGAGUGGUGAGUCUACCAGCAAUCAAACUCGUCAAACAAGUGGACCACAGUUGAGUUGGAAUGCAACUUAUGAAAGCUUGCUUGGAAGCAGGAACCCUUUCCCCCGGCCUGUCCCGCUCUCUGAAAUGGUAGAUUUUCUAGUCGAUGUAUGGGAGCAAGAAGGUUUGUAUGACUGA